AACAUUCAAUCAAAAGUCAAAACUGAGCAAUGCAAACUUGCAAUGUGCUCUAUAUAAAUGUACAUCCAAGUAGGGAACAGGAUCAUAAUCAUCAGCUGAUGGAUUCCUAUACAAUUGCCAUCUUCACUUUGUUUCUCUUGAUUUGCUUCCAUGGCAUUUUUGGCCUCAAAGAAAGGAAAAAGCUCCCACCAGGACCAAGAGGCCUUCCCAUCAUCGGAAACCUUUUCGCAAUAGGUGACAGGCCCCACGAGUCCCUUGCCAAGCUAGCCAAAAUCCAUGGCCCCCUCAUGACUAUCCAACUAGGAUUCAACACCACCGUAGUUGCUACCUCUGCAGAAAUGGCCAAAGAAAUCCUCCUCAAAAACGAUCAAGCAUUUCUGGGUAGGCCUAUUCCACAUGCAGUAACUGCAGAACACAAUUACGAGCUAUCCGUGGCAUGGUUAUCUGGUGGUCCCAAAUGGAGAAGCCUUAGAAAAAUAUGCAACAGCCAGAUCUUCACUCCUCAAAGACUCGAUGCCUUGCAAGGUUUACGAAAUCAAAUGAUGAAUGGUAUGGUCAAGGCCAUCACCCAAGCUAGCGAAGCCAAAGAGCCCAUCAAUAUUGGAAGGUUAGUGUUUGGUACAACGUUAAAUUUGCUAUCUAACUCCAUGUUUUGUGUUGAUAUAUUGGACUCCAAAUCUAAUGCUAUUGAAGAGCUGAAGCAACUUAUUGGGAAAAUAAUGGAGCUGUCAGGAAAGCCAAAUCUGUCAGAUUUUUUUCCUUUCUUGAAACCAUUGGAUCCACAAGGUAUCAAGCGAGAAAUCAAGAUUUCUUAUGAUCAUAUGCAUAGUUUGCUAGAUGGGAUUGUUGGUCAACGUCUGAAGAGAAGAAAGUCGAGUUCAGAAAGAUAUGGUGAUUUCUUGGACAUUCUUCUCGACCAGAGCCAAGUGUCCAGUGGCUCAGAGGAGUUGAGCCGCGAAGAUGUCAUAAUUUUGCUAGCGGACUUGUUCAUUGGGGGAACAGACACAACCACGACUACUAUGGAAUGGGCAAUGGCUGAGCUGCUCCACAACCCACAUAUAAUGGCCAAGGCAAAGCAAGAGCUUGUCGAAACAAUUGGAAUACGAAAAACCAUAGAAGAGAAAGAUGUUAUAAAACUUCCAUAUUUACAAUCAGUUAUUAAAGAAACAAUGAGGCUGCACACGACAGCUCCUCUGCUUUUGCCUCACCGUGCAGAAAUGGACGUUGAAAUUUGCGGCUAUACCAUCCCUAAGCACACGCAAGUGUUUGUCAACGCAUGGGCAUUGGCCAGAGAUCCUCAAUACUGGGACGACCCAACAGAAUUUGUCCCAGAGAGGUUCAUGAAAUCUGAAGUUGAUUUCAGAGGCACAAAUUUCUACUUUGUUCCAUUUAGUUCUGGAAGAAGGAUUUGCCCUGGACUGGCUCUUGCUAUUAGAAUGAUGUGCUCAUUGUUGGCUUCCCUGAUUCUCCAUUUUGAGUGGCAGCUCCCCAGUGGAAUGACACCCAAGGCUAUGGACAUGACUGACAGAUUUGGUACCACUCUGCAGAAGGCGACUCCUCUUUUCGCCAUUCCAUUGGUGGUUGAUGAUAAAUACUGAUGGUGAUUAUAAAAUAUUUUCCGCGUGUUUAAUGCUAUUGGCUUGCCUGAUGACUGUUACUAGUUUUUACGGUUUGGUCGACUACAUCUAUUGCUGUUGCUUCCCUAUGUAGUAUCUUGGGGAGGUAUUUACUCUUUGCUUGAACAAUUUAAAAAAAAAAAGAAAACAAAAUUAUUGUUCCAAUUAAUAAAUAUGAGGAUUUCUUUUUAGUGA